AUGACGACGCUUCAAAAGCGACCAUCCAUACCCUUCGCCUUACCUACUUCAUUACCAUCGAAGUCAGAGCGAUUGCAGCUGCUGACUAUUAGGCAAGAUAGGUGGACCGAAUACAGCAUCCCAGAUGUGGACGCUGGUGCUGUUUGCCGCGCAGUGACUCUGCACAAAGCCUUCGAGUUACAAGAGGGCUACCUUAUUCCGGAUCUCCCAAAGUUUAGCGACCUUACGCCGUACGGCGACAUCAAAGAAGAAGGAGAUGAAGAACUCUGCAUAUUGGAGGCACGUCGAUUGGUACAGAUCGCAAACUCGGAGACUGCCAUCAGAUUUCAGGGCAAUGAGAGCAUGCUUGGUCCAGCCGACGCCAACGGGUACUUUCGACUCCAUUGGUUGGGUCAACGUUUGAUUCAAGCAUUGCAAAUUUGCAAACAUGAUGUUCUUGUGGUCAUGGUUGAACACAUCGACCGAAACACGCAUGGUUACUCUAGCACACAGGAUCGCCUGCUGGCAUACUUCGACCCUGCUACUGGGGACGAACGGUUCUCUGGACCCCUCCUACUCCAAGGAGAAGAGUAUCAGCGUUACUACCACGCCAUGGUCAACUAUCUCACUGCAGUCCUAGUGAAGAUCGUUCUUCAGAGCUUCAGGGGCACUUAUUGGAUCAACAACAUCAUCGCAGUAAUUGCGCGAAUCUCGGCGAAAAUGAAAGUUGUCGGGCAUGAUCUCCCUGCAGCAACGGAACAGACACUGCAAAAUGGCAGCGAUGCACGAUCACGUAUUCAAAAGCGGGAGGCAAAGAACGCUGCUUAUUACGCAAACAACCCAGGUUUUGGGUAUAACAGAAACUAUAAGGCUGCUCCGCCUGCGCCAAACCGUGCCGGAUAUGCGACCAAGUACUUCUCGGAAAUGGAUCUCUUACAUAACGCCGUCAUCGACAUGCUAAUCGACUCUUUGACCGCAUUUGCAGUCAGCAACCAUUUGGCUCCUGGAGUUGAUGAGUUUGAGAGUAGUAUCGCGCUAUACGAGUCUUUCAUCACAUCAGAACAAAUUCUCCUUUGCGAGCAGCGAGACGGUGGCAUUGGCGCGGCUAGCGAAACGGGUGUUACACGUGCCUUUACAGCUGGCUUUGAAGUCUGCCUUAGAACGUGGGAGACUCUCGAGAAAGAGAAAAUAUCUCACACCAAUUCCAGCUGGACAUCUCUCAAGUGGAAGUGCUCUUACGUGGAUGACGAGGGUAGACUUAAGCCCAGAAGUCGAAAGGGCGCGGUUAAGUUGGGGUCGAUGACAAGGGUUAUUACAGCAACCGUACCCUAUGCGAUGAGCUCAGGCACUUUCAGUGCAGCUCUCCACCGCCUCAUUGACAAGAUUCUCUUCAGCUCUGGCAAAGACAACCGUUUCGCACUGCUCCUUGUCGAGCAGCCCAAGAUGAUCUUUACUGCGAUUCUACGAACCAGCCAGUACGAGUCUCGGAAACCAAGUGAGAAAGAAAACAGCGAUGCUCGUCCUGUUUCUGAGACUUUCUUGCUUCGAAAGAGGGCAGUCGGCCAUAACGAACAUGGGAGUCCUUAUGACACUUACGCCAACACGCUAAGCCGGGCUAUGAGGAGUCCGAAUAAGACGGUGACGUUGAGCGACCGAGAACAAGCCAAAGAGAACCUUGAAGCGGUGAGAAACAAAUACGUCAAAUGGGUAACUGACGCCAAUGCCAUCGUCAUCUCCUGCAAAUGGUAUACUUGGGGUUCUCUCGUAGGCUGCGCCCUUCUGGUCCUCGGAGGGCUUGGAGUUGGUUUCACGGUGGGCGAUCGAAUUCAUGGUGUUGAUCCAUUCAAUAUUAGCGUGUUUUGCUGGGUGCUGGCUGGAUUCAUAUUGCUUGUUGCAAAAGCUUUCCGUGUGGAGAACUGGCCUUGGAGUCAUUUCCUGAGAGGGCAGGUCACUUGCCGUUCCGUGGGAGAAGUUGUGGCAGUUAGCGGCGUCGACGAACAAUUACUCAUCGCUCUCCUGCUCAGGAUCGACAGCCAAAUCUACCUUCGAACAAGAGGACCGUUCGACAUCCUGUUUCUUCGCCACACCGAUGACAUGCAAGGCGGUUUCUCCAUUGACGCACCGAUCAAGAUGUCAACCGCCGUCGAAGGAGGUCUGAUACCAAUCAAAAUCCUUGCAGAUUGGGGCAUUGGCUUGAUCUUUCUCUCUGCGCGAUCCUGGUCAUCUUACACUGUUAUUUCUAGCUCUCAGAAUUUUGAAGAAGAACUUGUAUGUAAAGAUAUAACUCAUCCGGCUUCGUGGGUGGAUGGCAAGAUUCCUUGUUAUAGGAUCAGAUGGGAAGAGGUAUACAUUCACCAAGUCUUAGGGGUUUUUGAGCAAGAAUGCUAUUUCUACUGA